AUGUUUAAUAUAAUUUUUAGACAAAAUAAUAAUUUAAAAUUUUUUUAUAAAACAAAUAUAUCUUCUUUACGAAAAUUAACGAUACCUAUUGAAAUGUCUGAGGUACAAUCAGUAAAAGUGCCUUAUGAGAUGGUAAAAGAAGAUGAGGAACUAGUUCAUCUAGGAUAUUUUAGAAAAACAAAAAUAGAUGAAAUUAAAUUGUCUAACCAACAGGAAUGGAAUCCUGAAAUUAUUUUUUCUAAAAUACAAAAUGAUGUUGAAAAAAAUCUAAAAAUUACAGGUAGUGAUUUCAUGUCUAAUUUUUUACUACCAUUAGAAAAUGAUUUUAUAAUAUCAUUAUGUGGAAAAAAGAUGUCUGAUGUUAGCAGUAAAAAUAGAAAUAUUAUUAUGGAUAGAUUAUGGAAAGCAUUUGAAAGUCAUGAUUUUAAAUUUACUAUAAGUUCAAUUAAUUCGAGGUUAACUGUAUGGGAAGAAAAUGACAAAUCAUUUGAUGUAAAAAAAACAUUAGAAGAUUUAGAAAAAAAUUUUAAAAUUAGUCCUAAUGAUGAAUUUAUGAAACAUAUGAUGUAUCAAUUAGCUAGAUCUGGAAUGAAAAAUGAUUUAAAAUCUUUUAAAAUUGAACUUUUAAAGAGAGGUUUUAAAUUACAAAAGGAAUAUGAAUUAGCUAUGAUAAGAUGUAUAUUUUUCAAAAAAAUGGAAGUAGAUUGUGACAAUUUUAUAAGAAUUUUACGCGAUAAAUAUGAUAACAAAGACGAAAUUGAAGCGUUGUCUCAAGCACUUCUUGGUACCUCUCAACAACUUAAUUUGCCAAGAUUAAAUUUAUUAUUAAUGAAAACAAUGGAUGAAAAAAAAAAAAAAGGUAAAAAAGUUUUAAAAUUAAAUUUAAAUCAAAAUGUUAUUAUGGAUAUAAUUUGGAAUCUUGCAAUUAUGACUACGUCUUCUAAUGAAACGUCAAUCGUUGAAACUUCUAACAAAAUUUUAAGUUACGCUUCUAAAAAUGAAGGUUUUCGAAAAUUAAGUCUUCGUGAAUGUCAAAGACAUAUUAGUAAUAAAUAUUAUCAUACUGGUAUAGCAUUACUUUUUAAUGCUUUAAAUAUAGAAAAUGGUUCAAAAGAUAAGUCUAUUAUUAAUACCAUAAAUUGGAUGUUCAAAUAUAUGAUAAAAAAUCGAGUUGAAAAUAGUAGAAUUAGACAGAUUGCAGAUAAUCUUUCUACUUCUGUUCAUUUUAAUUAUCGUAUUUUUGAUGAUUUGGCAUUUUCUAUAUUAACGUUAAAAGAUUACAAAAGUUCUGAAAGAUUAAAAAUGCUUUUAUAUUUUAUUAAUAAAAUUGAUCCUAAUCGUGAAAGAGAUCAUCUUAUUUUUCCAAUUCUAAUUGAUGAAAAUAAUGUUAUCAAUAGAUUACCUCUUUUAUAUAAAUGGCAACGUGCAGGAUAUUGUAAUUUAGGCAAAUUAAACAUUUAUUUACUUAAUAUUUAUAUAUUAAAUCCACUUUUUGAAUGGUUAGUGAAAAAAUACCCACAUGAAAGUAAUUAUCAACAUCUAGAACGUAUAGUUGAAAUAUUCAAAGAUUUUAACAUUUCAAAAGUUGUAUUAUGGAAUUGGUUAUUAAAUUUUAAAAUAAAUUUUUCUAAACUUAACCAAUCAAAAUUAAUUUCAAUUGAAAAUUUAAAUGAAUGGUUAAAAGUUAAUUUUUUUAAGACAUUAGAUGUAAUAACAGAAGAGAGUAUGAUAGAAAAUGUAUAUAACAGUAGAAAUAUACUUGAAAAAGAUAUAAAAAACAAUAAAUUUAGGAAUAUUCAUAAAUUUAUAGAAAAUCCUAAUAAAUUUCAAUUGAUUGAAAUGAAUAAGUAUAUCGAUCAAAUUCUUGACUUAUAUUUAAAAUAUGGAGAUUGGAAACAAAUUAUGACAUUUCUUGAAAAUAUUUCUACCUAUUAUACACCUAUUUCUGAGGAAAAAGAAAUUUUAACUUCAAACCAAAUUUUACAAAUCUUACAAAAAUAUUCAUUAUUAAUGCCAAAAAUGGAUGAAAUAUUAAAAGUUGUAUUUAAAAUAAAAGAAUUAUUUCCAAAUAUUAAAUUUAAAAAGGAAGAUUAUAGUAAUACACAAGAACAAGCUAUGAUGUUUAUAACAAAUCUUUUUUCAAUUGAUAACAAACAAAACAUUAGUAAAAAACAUAUAGAUGACAUUCAAUCAUUAAUUGUAAAUUUAUAUGAAUGGAAUAUAAUUGAUCUUCCAACAAAUGAAGUUUUAACAUCACAUUUUAUUAAAAAAGUUUUAACUUAUUCUAGUUAUAAUGUAGCUGUCAAAUCAUGGCUACAAUUUCAAAACAAAUUAUCUUGUUCAAAUGCUUUAUUGGUGUUAUUAAAUCAUGCUUUCAAAUUUGAUGAUGAUUCAUUUCAUAUACAUUAUGCAUUGCUAAAAGCUAGAAAUUUUAUGGCACAAAGUCGAAUAAAUGCAUUUUAUAUUGCUUCUUUGGUUUAUGACAAUCGUUUAAAAAAAGCCAAUAAAAUGAUUAAAACAUUGGAUAAAUCUAUUAAAACUUCUGAUAUUUUUCAUCUUUUUAGAUUAAUUUAUUCUUUUCCUAAUACUCCUAGAAAAACAUUUUGGUUAAUAGUAUUCAUGGAUAUUUGUUUAUUACAUACAAAUUUAAGAAAUGACAAAGAUGUCAUAAAUUUAUUAAUAAAUGAAAUACUGUAUAAUUAUGAAAAUGUCAAGUUUUAUAUAAAAUUACAGAAAUUUAUCAAAAUUUUUAUAGAUGAUGGGUAUAUAUUAAGUGAAAAACAAAAAAAAAUUAUUAACUAUAUCGAAUCAAAUGAUAAAAGUUUAAUCCAUAAAUGGAUUAUUAGUCCAGAAACUGGAAUUUUAAAUAUAAAUAACUCAACGAAAAUGAUGUUAGUCAAGAAAAUCGAUAAUUGUGAAUAA